GGUCUGGCCUAGUGGGUAGUAACCCUGCCUACGAAGCUGAUGGUCCCGGGUUCAAAUCCUGGUAAGGGCAUGUAUUCGUGUGAUGAGCAUGGAUAUUUGUUCCUGAGUCAUGGGUGUUUUCUAUGUAUUUAAGUAUUUAUAAAUAUUUAUAUAUUAUAUAUAUCGUUGUCUAAGUACCCUCAACACAAGCCUUAUUGAGCUUACUGUGGGACUUAGUCAAUUUGUGUAAUAAAGUCCUAUAAUAUUUAUUUGUUUAUCUAUUUUAUAAUCUAGAAGCUAAACAUCUGCACUGAAAGAAGUGUUUGCAUAACAGUAAGAAAAUAAUUAUGUUAAUAAUUACACACAAACCGUGACUUGCGAACUAUUUGUUGCCAACAGGUCGGUUUAUAACAACAAAAUCAGUUUUAGGAUAUUGAUCAAAAUUUAUUCCUUAUUACAUAAGUUCAGUUAUUUUUUGAAUUAGUCAUUAAGUUCAAUUUUUUUUGGUGUGAAUUACUUUUCAACGAAAUGUAAAAUAUAUUCACAAAGGCGUACGGAAAACGUGUACUAUGCACGCUGCAUCCAAUUCUUUCAUUCAGAGACAUUUCUAAGCCUUCACUAUACUAUAAGUCUAAAUACGGGACAGAGACGUUCUAUAGGCUACCCAUUAACGCAAUGUAAGUUGUAAAGUUCACGGCCCGCAGUUUUCACGGUCGAUACGCAUUUGACAGGUGGGCCAGGAAUUUGUCGUACAAUAAUUUUAUUGAUAAUAUCUAAGUAAGUAGUGAGAUGGGAGCAAGGGUUGCUGCGGGGUGCGGGGCGCAGCGCGCGUGCGUGCCGAGAGACGAGAGUGGGGUUACCAGGAGAGGUGAGGGUUUUUGGGAGUUUUUGGUAGAUGCGUAAAUAUUGCGAAUGUGAAUAAAGGCGUCCAGUGUAUUUAAAAUUAACUUUAAAAAGACUGUGCGGAGCUGUACCGCACCGAAAGGCAUUCUGAAUGCGAAUGUCGUUUUCCACGUCAUGGGUGUUGUUGUCGUUGAUCGUAUUUCAAUUUAGCAACCUCUUUAAACACAGUAUCUCCGACAUGUAGAUCGGUUUUAUAACGUCGCAUGUGUAUCCAGUCAUAUCGUGGUUUAUACGUAGGCCCCACUCAAGCUCAAAUAAUGUAUGGAAAUACUUUUAGUCACAUGACUUUUCGUAGCGUCUGUCAUUCCGAUACUUUUCUUUUUCGUUCAUGCGUUUAUCGAUGUACGAUUGUCACUCAGCUAGCUAAGUCUCCGGGACGGUUUUGACUCAAACAAUGAAAGCAGCGUUUUGUACUCCACUGGUAACACCGUGGCGACGGGCGCGGCGGCCGCGGGAGCGGGCAGUCAGUACGGCUGCUCCGUCGAGCCAGCGCCGCCCGCGCGAUGCCCGCCCGCGCGCUCCCGUGUUGUGCUUUAUGAUGUGAUGCCCCGUGACCGCCACAAGUGGGCGGGACGCUCUCAGAUACGGAGAGCUCUCAGCUAGGCGAAGUGGGUGACCGGUGUGGUGAUGGAGUUGGUAAUACUGAAGGCUCGAGCCCAACUGAAUCGUCUCGUGUCGGAGAAGCGGAGGCGAGGCGGGGGCGAGGGCGAGGGCGCGCGGCGGCGCCGGCGCAGUAUGGCGCACGCGCCUCGCUCGCCCGCGCCCUUACUCGACGCCGUGGGCUACAACGCCUCGCUGUACAACGCGUCGCUCUACAACGCCUCGCGCUUCAACCUCACAUACGACGCUGACUACGACCAGCUGAACGGGAACGCCACGGACGACCACGAUAACCACUGGUUUUGCGCGAAGUGGACCAACGCGCAGCAGGACUUGUUUCAGGCAGCAAAUCUCUGUUUCGCGAUCGCGUUCCUCGCACCGAAGAGCUUCAAGCAGAGCAUCCUCGUGCUGCGCGCGCUCGCGUGUGCCGGCGCCGUGCUCAUGGGCAUGUGGGCCGGCGCGGAGGUGUGCGCACCUGAUGUGCUGGCUUGGAGUCUGGCGUUAGUGUUCGUCAAUUCUGUACACACGAUCUUCUUGAUCAUAAGGUUUCUUCCCCCAGCACUCUCGCUGGAACUCACAGAGCUGUACCUCAAGCUCUUCAAGCCGCUGAAAGUGAACAAGAAGCACUUCCAAGAGCUGACGCGCGAGGCAAAGGUGCUGCGGCUGGAACCGGGCGAGGCGUACGCCGUGGAGGACGUCACACCCGCGGAUGAGAGGCUCUCUAUACUGCUGAAGGGGAAGAUGCGGGUCAGCUGCGACGAUACUCAUCUUCACUUCAUCCAGCCGUACCAGUUCAUAGACUCGCCGGAGUGGGAGGCGAACCGCGAGCAAUCCGAUGACGUCUUCCAGGUGUCCGUGGUGGCCGAGGAGGUGUGCACGUGCGUGUGCUGGCCGCGCAUGCGUCUGGAGCGCGUGCUGCGGCACCGGCCGGCCCUCAAGGUCGUGCUUGACUGUCUUAUAGGAAAAGACAUAACCCACAAGCUGUACUCAGUGAGCGAAGGCCUGGGCGCAGGACAGUCAGACCGCGACGCUGGAGCAGCGCAUUUGACGCGCUCGGCCAGCGUCGACGCUGUACAUGAGGGCACGCGCGGACGUCUGCGCAGCCUCGCAUGGCGUACGCGCUCUACCAGCAAGAGUAGUUCAUACUGGCAGCCGAUGGUGGCACGCCAGUUCCUCAAGCAGUCGCCGUUCGGGCGCGGUGUGCCGCGGCUGCUCACGCAAGCCUCGUCGGCGAGCCUGCAGCCGCCGCGCCCCCGCAGUCCGCCGCGGCGCGCGGCCUCCUUCCGCCGCGGCAGGGAAGUCAAGUUCGCCGAGGCGACGCACGAGACGGUGUGACAAGGGCCGCGGCCCCAGCAGGAGCUGGAGCCGCUGGUGACGCCUCAUUCUUCGCCCCUCACACCCGCGCGGCAUCCCUGACCGAGGAACGAGCGAACGAUUUGCACCACGGACUUUUAAAGGCAUCUAUCACAGUGUAAUUGUGAGAUAUUAUGUUAUAGAACAAACAGAAAUCUCCAUUUAUUUGUUAUAUUUUACUUUUGAAGAUAUGUCCACGUCAUCAGUAAAGUUUCAUAUUCAUAUAACGUCAAUUAUUUGCGAUUCAGAUAAACGUUAGUUGAACAUGAGAGCGUACUGGUUUGUGGCUGGUUUGAAUGACUGAUCUAUAAUUACUAGAGUUAUUUUGGUUAUACGUAGAUGCCAAGUUGAUUUUAUGAGCAGUUAUGUUAAUAGACAAUUAGAUACCCUAUUUUAGAAUUGGAAAGCUGCUCUAGUCAUUUGUUUUAACAGCGAUCCCUGCCUUGAAAUGUUGAUAGUUGAAAAUUAAUUUAAAAUAUCCAUAUUCCAUUAUUACAAAGAGCUUCCUGCAACAGACGACUGUCAUGUACCUUUAGUGUAAAAGCUGAUUCGUUCGCUCGACGUCCAGUGUGACGUGUUUAGUACAUCGAAAUAGAAUAAGUUAAGAACAGUAACACCAAAUAAAUUACUUUGAAAUAAGCUUGACGUGUUUAAGACAAAAUGUGCUAUGUUGUAAAAUUUCUUCAUCGAUAGGAAACUUUUCGGGGCUAUGAUUGGUUAGAACCUAUUUGGAAUAUAUAUAUACGUAUCUCAAUUUCAAAAUAUGUUUCCCCGAUGUUUAAUUUGCCGAACUUUUAUUUAACUCAACGCGUUUUUUCUGAAAAUUGAUGGAAGUUUAAAAGGGUCACCUAUCUAACCUAACUCAUUUGCUUCUAUAAGUUGCUUUUUAUAAAAGUUUGGACAAUUUAACGGUUUCUUUAAAAAAAUGCGUUCGGUGAAAUGAAAAUUUGGUAAAUGAAACAUCGGGUAAAUAUAUUUUUCGGAGUUGAGGUUAUAUAUGAUACCAUAACUUUCACAUGGGUUUGUUAUGCGUGAUAACGCAGCAUUAAAAACUAAAUAGAUUUGUGAAACGUGUGUUGAGCAUGUAGCGUUACUCUUCCAUACUUAUUAUAUUUCGGUGGUUUAGUGAUUCUCUAGUGAUAUUAUUACGUUUGUUAGAAGAGUGCGUCUGUGUGUGUUAGAAUAGGCUAAUCGUAAACGUGUAUUUAAGUUACGUUGCCACCCCAAACAGCACCCUGAACAAAUUACGUAAAACAGAGCAACAUGUUAACACCUGUAGAAGAACUAUGUAAAAUAAUAUAAUUUUCUAGAAAUCGAUAAUAAUUCAAGUGGAAUUCUAAAAGUAUUAAUAAUAAAAUCAUUGUUUAUUAGUAUUAAGACGUUAAAUCGUGAUAAAGUUAUAAAGUUAAUACAAGGAUUUAUAUUCGAAAUAGGUAAUUAAAGUUAAGACCUGAUUGUUUAGCAAAGAGUUAUAUUUUCGUGCCCCCUGUUGCAUAAGGAUUUUUGAGGUUUUUUCAUUCCAAAGAGUUACAGCUACUUCUUUUUCUUGCUGUGAGCAUGUAUAACAUAAUAUUAUUAUACCUACCGUGCUUCGUACAAAAAAAACUACGUCCCCUUUACACUCAAAAUGUUCUCCAAAUUCUCUUUAAAUUUAUUAAUUUUCUAACAAAUUUUUUAUGAACCUUAUAUUGGAGAGAGUUGACAACGAAAUUAUGAUGAGUAAAUAAAAUAAAUCAGGGUAAUGAACUAGAGCAUUUCUUGAUAAUAAUAUGAAAUAUACCUAAAAAGAUGAUAAAAAGAUGAAUGUGGAAUAGCGCACCAAAAACUGCAGUUACCUUGAGGAUUUAAGGAAGGAUUUUGAAUAUUUUGUAACCGGAGACAUUACUUAUUUGUCAAAAUUAUCAACGGCAUGAGAUACUAACAAUGAAUUCUCAUUUAAUCCAGUUAGAUAAGAUCAUAUGAUACAUAAAAACAGACUUUUGCAGACGCUCUUAUUGCCUAGUCGUAAUCAUUAACAUCAAUAAGUUCCUCGCCUUAUUUUCUAUUGAGAAUGCUUUUAAUAUCUCACUGAUAGUACUAAAAGGAUGACAAAGUAAAUAAAACACGGCCAUGUAGGGCAUAAAAUAAAAUAAUAAUUAAAUUCAUUUCAAUAUCUAUUUUGUGCACGUACGGAAAUAUAUCUCACGAUCAAAAUAAUUCUUUAAAUGAUAAGCGCUGUCCUUAAUUAAACUCAGUGUGUGAACUGAAGCUAAAUGUAUAGUUAAUUAUCGGUAUAGUUAUAACAGUGUUUUUUUAACGUUCAUUGAAAAUAUUUCGAAUUAUAUAUACAG